UUGUGGUUCAGCUGAAUUCAGCUUCAUUAAUGUUAUUAUCCCACAUCUGAGUUGACUCGACCAUCUUGUAUGCAGUUAAGCAGAUAGACGAUCAGCUUAUAAUCCUUCCCCUAAAAACGUCUUUUCUUAUGUUCUUUGCGACCUUUACAACUUUUUGUUUUGUUAGUGACUAGAAACUCUCUAUUACACCUAGGAAAAAUAACAUCACCGAUCACCAUCAACAUGGGUAACCCAAAAGAAGUUGGAGAAGAAGAUGUAGCGCCACCACCUUACACCGCGGUCGACACCGUCGCGCACCCCCCGUCGCACGAUGGCCAAGCGCCGUCCUACGCAGCUGUACCCGGAUGUAGCAGCUCAGGCGGAGGUGCGAUCGCAGGCGUAAGCAAUAGAUUCCCGCAGUGCAUUAAUGCGUACUUCGAGAAGAAGUUCACAUCAAGUGCGUUCCACCUAGGCGAACAUGCCGACACACCACUCUACGCGGUAACCAUGCACAGCGGGUGGACGUCGAAGCCGCUACUAGAGAUGCACUCGGGGCCGAAUGAAUCGGACCCAAUAAUCGCGACGGCGGGCCACGAGAGCCGGUGGAGCAGCGGCAAGCGCACUAUAAUCCAGAUAUUCCCCGACCCCGACCCCGCCGCCGACCCCGACUCCGCCGGCCCCUCAACAUCGGCGGGCGAAUCGAGCUCCGGGCCCGGCUCCGCGGUGACCGCGAAAACCAUCAGCAUGAUACAAAAGCACUCGUGGACCCGCCAAUGGCAGGAACUAUCCGUCGAAGUGGGCAUAGGGAAAGACCUGCGACAAGAAAGCUUCGAGUGGCGGCGCACGCGCGGGGAAGAGGUCAAGGAGCUGGACAGGUGGGGGAACGGAUGGAAGCUGGUGCGGCUAAGCGGGACGGCGGCGGCGCCUGGGCGGGCUUCGGCAAGCGACGGCAAGGAGAUCGUCGCGGUGUGGACGCCCAACGGCAAAUUGAGCAUGAAUAAGUUCUGCAAGUUCCAGUUCCUGGAGAGCGGAGCCGCGGGGGUGCUCGGCGACACGUUCGCGCUCGCCGCGCUCAUCAGCGGCUUGAAGAUCUGGUACAUGGAGUUCUUGCAGACUACUGCUGCUACCUAAUGCCGCCGCGGCUUGAGCGAAUGCCGUGUACGAUUGUUAUGUAUUACAUAUUGUUAAGACUAGAUCCGGUAUGUAUAAAACAACGUGCCUCACACGCGAAAAAAAGGAUAUGA